GUUUGGAGGUUGCUAUGUUAGUGCUGCUUGUCUUUGGAAUAUUGCUUCAUGACAUCCCACUGAGCAGCCAGCAUGAGGCCUCUCCCCCGGCCCGCAGCGGCCCCGGCCCCGGCCCCCGCGAGCCUCUCUUUGACUACGGCAGCAUCCGCCUGCCUGAGGAGCACAUCCCCUUCUUCUUGCACAGCAACGGGCACAUUGCCAAGGCCUGUGAGGAAGACCCGCUCUGCCCUUACAAGAAACACUUAGGAAAUCUGAAGUACUGCUGGGGUUAUGAGGAGUCCUGCAGACCAGAGUUCAGGUUUAGUUACCCCGUUUGCACCUACGUGGACAUGGGAUGGACGGACACCCUGGAGUCAGCUCAGGACACGUUCUGGACCCAGGCGGACUUCGGCUACGCGGCAGAGCGCCUGCGGGAGCUGCGUGUGCUCUGCCGGCCGGAGCAGCCGAAUGACUCGAGUCUGGUAUGUUCCCGUUACCUUCAGCAUUGCAGAGCAACCAAUCUCUAUCUUGACUUAAGAAACAUCAAGAGAAACCAUGACAGAUUUAAGGAAGAUUUUUUCCAGACUGGUGAGAUUGGAGGACACUGUAAACUGGACACUCGAACAUUGAUGUCUGAAGGUCAGCGCAAAAGCCCUCUGCAGUCUUGGUUUGCUGAGCUCCAGAGCUAUACUCAGCUUAACUUCAGACCUAUAGAAGAUGCUGAGUGUGACGUUGUUGUUGAAAAACCAGCCUACUUCAUGAAAUUGGAUGCAGGUGUUAACAUGUAUCACCACUUCUGUGACUUCCUCAACCUCUACCUCACCCAGCACGUCAACAACUCCUUCAGCACGGACGUGUACGUCGUGAUGUGGGACACGAGCUCCUAUGGAUACGGCGACCUGUUCUCUGACACGUGGAAGGCAUUCACUGAUUAUGACGUGAUACAUCUGAAAACCUACGAUUCCAAAAGGGUGUGUUUUAAAGACGCAGUUUUUUCCCUGCUCCCCCGGAUGAGAUACGGGCUGUUCUAUAAUACCCCUCUGAUCUCUGGCUGUCACGGUACCGGCUUGUUCAGGGCGUUUUCCCAGCAUGUCCUGCACAGACUGAACAUCACGCAGGAGGGACCCAAGGGUGGAAAAAUUAGAGUCACCAUCCUUGCACGGAGCACAGAAUACCGGAAAAUACUAAACCAAAAUGAGCUCAUGAACGCACUGAAAACAGUGUCUACAUUUGACGUCCAGAUUGUGGAUUACAAGUAUAAGGAACUUGGGUUCUUAGAUCAGCUAAGGAUCACCCACAACACGGACAUAUUUAUUGGAAUGCACGGAGCUGGUCUUACCCACUUACUUUUCCUUCCCGACUGGGCUGCUGUAUUUGAACUGUACAACUGUGGCGAUGAGCGUUGCUACCUGGACCUGGCCAGGCUCCGAGGCGUCCACUACAUCACUUGGCGAAGAAAGAACAAAGUCUUCCCUCAAGAUAAGGGCCACCACCCCACUCUGGGGGAACAUCCAAAGUUUACCAACUACUCUUUCGAUGUGGAAGAAUUCAUGUACCUGGUUCUGCAGGCCGCAGAUCACGUAUUGCAACACCCACAGUGGCCAUUCAGGAGCAGACGUGAUGAGCUGUGAGUGCUGGGUCUGACUGCAGGAAGGCUGUUCGAACCCCCACCCCUCCUGGCGCUGUCAGUAAGAGAGCUGGUGCUUCUCCGCCCCUGUGAUCUGUUCCCACCAGGCAGGGCCCCGGUUUCACUGUGGGCUCCUGCUGGUCCCUGAGAUCUUUGUGUCACUGCUGUUUAUCUGGACACUCUUGUGCACUGAAAACUUUCUGCCGCCUGAAAACUGGCCUCGCUGACUGAUUGAGCUUUCUUCGGAGGGAUACCAGAGCACUCAACUUCCUCAGCUUCAGAGUUUGCAAAUGUUUCUGUGGAGUACCCAGGGGAUCGUUCAUUCUAGAGGCUUCCAACGAGCUAUGAUGUAUGCGAGUAAAUUCACAGCGGCUUUUAUUUGUCACAAGUUACUCAUAGCACUGUUUGUGGUAGGAGGGGAAAAUACGUACC